CCACUUCACUCAGCCUCGGAUCCCAAAACCCAACCCUGGUUAAAACCCGACCCAACCACGGUUAGCCCAUAUCCCGUCAGAUUCAAUGCACGUGUCUUCAUCCAACGGCUGAAAACAACUUGCCAUAGAUAUUCACCUCAGAGGCCCUUUUAUAAACCCCUCGUCCUCGUGACCUCGUCCACGCAUCGCAAACCCUAAGCAUCAUCGCUCUCGUUUUCCCCAAAUCUCUUCGCGAACGAUCCAAACAAACCCUUGAAAUUCGCAUCAAUGGCUUCAAACCCUAAGGUCUUCUUCGACAUGACGAUCGGAGGCCAGCCUGCCGGCCGUAUCGUCAUGGAGCUCUACGCCGACACCACCCCCCGCACCGCCGAGAACUUCAGGGCUCUUUGCACCGGAGAGAAGGGAGUUGGCCGCAGCGGUAAGCCCCUGCACUACAAGGGUUCCUCCUUCCACCGAGUGAUCCCAGGGUUCAUGUGCCAGGGAGGUGACUUCACAGCCGGAAACGGCACCGGAGGUGAAUCGAUCUACGGCGCCAAGUUCGCCGAUGAGAACUUCGUCAAGAAGCACACCGGACCUGGAAUCCUGUCCAUGGCCAACGCCGGCCCCGGUACCAACGGAUCUCAGUUCUUCGUCUGCACGGCCAAGACCGAGUGGCUCGACGGCAAGCACGUCGUGUUCGGUCAAGUGAUCGAGGGGCUUGAUGUUGUGAAAAACAUCGAGAAGGUUGGGUCGAGCUCCGGCAGGACCUCCAAGCCAGUGGUGGUUGCUGACUGCGGCCAGCUCUCCUAGACGACUCCGUUUACUCGGUGCUCUGGCGAUGAUGGAAACGUCGUCGUUUAUCUCUCUGUUAUUAUGAGUCGGUCUGUCUUUACUUUUUCGAAUUUCGGUUUUUAGUAGGCUGGGGUCUGAUUAGGGUUUGUUUUAU